GAUUCCUUGCUGGAAAGAUUUCCUGGGUUUAUGGUUUACCUUUCCUUAAGGGUACUUCAGUGUUUCUCGCACCUUAAAAAAACCAGGCUUCAAAGCACUGCCUUCACUGGUACAGUCUGUACCCGUCACAGCAGUGAGACACCUCGUCAGCUCGUUAAUCUGCACCCAUUGGGACUGAUGGGACACGAUGAACAUCACCAGAGAAGAGGUCCGGGCGAGCAGAGCCGCCGUCUUCAUGAGCACCUCAGGCCUGUUUCAUCUUCCUGCACCACUGACCAGAAUAUGCACCGUGCCCCGUGGGCUCUGGCUUCGGGAGAAGCUGCCGUGGUUGUCCCCGGGGGCGGCGGUCACUGCAGUCCCGACAGCAGGCAGGAAAGACUGGCCCCCUCUGCCUCCCCUGGAUGAGAACGAGCUCGAGGAGCAGUUUGUGAAAGGACACGGCCCAGGGGGCCAAGCAACCAACAAGACCAGCAACUGUGUGGUGCUGAAGCACGUCCCGUCAGGCAUCGUGGUGAAGGUAGCAACGGAGACCUCUCUGGGGGCAGGGGUGCCAUCAGACCAGAUCAGUGGAUCAGAACAGGAAGCUGGCUCGCAGGAUCCUGCAGGAGAAAGUGGACGUCUUCUACCACGGAGAGAACAGUCUGGUUUACAAAGAAAAACGAGAGGCAGAGAGGAGAAAGCAGGAGAGGAAGAGGAGAGCAAAGGAGACCCUGGAGAAGAAGAAGCUGCUGAAAGCGCUGUGGGAGUCGAGCAAGGCGCCCUGAGGAUGUAGCCGGCGGCCGCGGGAGGCCCAGGAAGUGGCGGGAGUCCACCGCUGGGACAGAUGAAAGUCAGGAUGAAGCUGUCGGGGACAGAGGCGCACGCUCCAGCAGUAAAACAAGGAAGUUGGAGCAGAAAGGCUUCCAUGGCUGCCGCACCUGGGCCCCAGGUUGGCUGACAGAGUCUCUUAUUCUUGGUCUGGGGGGUCGUUAAAGAGUCUCCCCACUCCCCUUUUUAUGGAAGAGGCCCCAUCCACCAGCUCACACCCCAAAAACCUGCAACACUCAAUCUGCUUCCCCCGGGGGCCUCCCCACUGCCUCUCAGGGCCUGCGCGGACCGGGAGUGGAGUCAGAAGCCACAGCUGGGCGUUGAUCCACGCUCCAGUGAGGGAUGCGGCAUCUUAAUGUCUAGGAAAACACCCCCCCCCCACCCCACCUUUUCUUUUUUAAUACAUUUAUCUAUCUGUUUUAUUAUUAUAAAGAGGUUAGAAAUAAAAUGUUUUUGAAAAACAUGAGUAUGAGGCUCAUUUUUAUGGGGAAUGGAGUGAAACAUUAAAAGGAUUUAGUGGUACCUUGUCGUCCCCAGGAAAUUCUCACGGGGAGCCCACUGCCCGGUGAUUGACGGCAGUUCCCCAGUGUCAGAACAGGAGAACAGACGGUGCAGGAGUUACAAGUGGGCCACUGGCUCGUGCGCUCCAUCCGCUGAAUAGACCGCUGGUGCCCAGUAAGGUCUGAUGGUGAGAUGGUCAUCAAUACCCUCCAGGACUUGCAAAUAGACCGAGGAGUGGGGGUUCCAGCACCUGAUUUGUCUGAAUUUGCAUCACUCAAGCUGGGCUUGGCCUUACCGUUGUUGUUUUUUUUCCAGCUAUAAUUAACAGCGUGGCUUGUUAGCACCAAACAAGCCCGGGUACUGAGGGGACAGGACCCCCGGCCCUCAGCAGGCCCACGCUGGACGCCCUCUGCACACAACACCUCGUCUCUGAGCCUGCCGGGGAGGGCGUCCCGUACCAGCCUCCGUACCACCUGCUGGCAUGCCCGGGACUUGUAGAAGGCUCCGUGUCUGGAGUGGUCCACAAGAAACCAGUCAGAGUGGGAGGGAAAUCCAGAACUGUGGACAGAGGAAGGCCUUCCGUGUCUCCCAUCUCGCCUCUGCAGUUUUCCGGCCCUGUGCAGGGAGGUGAAGACGGCCCUCCCAGAACCCAGUCCUAGGCUGGGACCUCGCCCUGUUCCUGCCAAGCGGACAGCAUCCCACCACUCACCAAGGCAAAGCCUCAGGUCAGUGCCGAAGUUCAGAGGAAGAACCCAAAAUCGCUCAGAGCGCACCACGCAGAUUCUCAGAACAGCCAGUGCGACCAGUUUUCCUCCAGCACCGGAGCAGAUGACUUCCAGAGCAACAAAGUAGCUGGCUGGGGUUUUGUGGCCACAGUGUGAGAUGGGUGCUCGGGCACCCAGGAAACAGUGUGAGAGAUCGGUUCUCGGGCGCCCGGGAAACACCCAGUGUGAGAGAUCGGUUCUCGGGCGCCCGGGAAACGCCAGUGGGAUUAAGAACCCCCGAGCUGGCUUACCUGGCCGCAGCCACUUGGGCAUCAGCGCGCCCAGUCACCACGGCCGCGUUUAUUUUCAUUUCUUUCCUAGCACACGCUCGAGUCGGCUGCUGCUACAACACUCCCUGGUCCCUGGCUGACGCGAGCGAGCCCUUUCCUUCCCGGGCAGCGUCACACGAGCUCCGGGGCCAGGGAGUCACCUGCGACAGCUGCCCCCAGCCCGUCACUGAGCUGUUGAAGGUGGCACUGAAGAACUCCCAGCACCCACAUCUUCAUACAAAUUGUUAAUCAAAAUAAGCUUUAUUACAUCAAGUAAUAAAUACAUACAAAGAU